UCGCAAACAAAAUAAUAUUACGAUGACUCCUGCCAGACUGCUUCAGCAGGGUACCAACGCGACCUUCUGGAGUUCCUAAAGUCAUUGGCGCUCUGCCUCUGGAGUUCAAUACAGUUGGACUUGGUGAACGGAAACAAGUGAGACAGUGAAGACUGAUAGUACGUGAAUUUAUUGUCCUCAUAUUUAUGAACUUGGAAAUACAACGAAAUGCUGCUUUUGCCACUUCUGUACUUGUUGGUUCUUCAGAUAGGUGAUGACGUUACUGGUCAUGGACGUCUUAUGGAUCCACCAUCCAGGAACUCUAUGUGGAGAUUUGGCUUUCCAAAUCCUGUCAACUACAAUGACAACGAACUCUUCUGUGGAGGCUAUGCAAUCCAAUGGGAACAGAAUUCUGGAAAAUGUGGCAUUUGUGGAGACGCUCAUCAUUUGGAAAGUCCUAGACCUCAUGAAGCUGGUGGAACAUACGCCAAAGGCAUCAUUUCUAGACACUACAGUGUCGGUCAAGAGAUCGAUAUUGAGAUAGAGCUCACAGCGAAUCAUUAUGGUCACUUCGAGUUCUUCUUGUGUCCAAAUAACAAUCCUUUCCAAGAAGCCACACCAGACUGCCUCAAAAGAUACCCCCUGUAUAUUGCUGGAACAAAAGACUUCAGAUAUGUGAUACCAGAAGACGGCAAGAAGAAGGCAGUGUUCAGGUACCGAGUCCAGCUUCCACCUUACGUCACCUGCACUCAGUGCGUCAUCCAAUGGAGCUACUACACAGGCAACCAAUGGGGUCUCUGUCCAAACGGCACUCAAGCUCAGGGUUGUGGAAAAUCUGAGACUUUCAGAAACUGUGCGGAUGUGGCAAUCCUGUCCAGUACUGGAGGAGCAGUACCCCCUCUCUUCGUAGGUUUGGACAACCCGUACCUCUUGUUCUUCAGGGACAGUUCUAAGCCAUCGCCUUACAACGUGUUCCCGUUGGUCAUCAGGGAUCAAGUGUGUGUUCCCAAUGAUUUGUUCAGGACCAUGCCUGGAAUAGACAAGUGGUGCCAGAGGAAUUGUUUGAGCUACCCGCCAAACUGUCCAAAGAAAAUUUGUGAAUGUCCGACCACGUGCAGAGCGAUCAACGAAUAUGAAGGACAAAGAGGAGCAGAUGUCAAUUGUAUGGAUAAAUGUCUGGUAUAUCCUAGUAACUGUCCAGCUGAAGAAUGCGAAUGCUUCGAAGAGAUAUCCAUAUCUAGAACAAAUACCGAUAAGAAGUGAAGAAAAAAGUCAUGGGGCUGUUGAAGGAGCUAACAGACUGAUUGUAACAUAUUUUGAAUAUAUUGUACAGGUCGUA